AUGUUAAUGGAAAUUCGAGUCAACAAUAUUUGUGUUGGACUCACAUUUGAGUCCCAGGUUCCAGGUAAACCACGUGUUGGACUCACAUUUGAGUCCCAGGUUCCAGAUAAGCCACGUGGUGGACUCACAUUUGAGUCCAAGGUUCCAGAUAAGCCACGUGUUGGACUCACAUUUGAGUCCCAGGUUCCAGAUAAGCCACGUGUUGGACUCACAUUUGAGUCCCAGGUUCCAGAUAAGCCACGUGUUGGACUCACGUUUGACUCACGUUUGAGACCAAGGUUCAGGAGAGGAGAAGGAGCCGAAGGAAGCUCUACUACUGAACAAAAGGAGGAGCAAGUCACCCCCAGCUCCAAAGAAGCUAAGAGUACUCCAAAGAAGAAGAAAAAGCUUGAACCUGAUGCAAAGAGACUGAAGCUAGGUGUGGAGGGUUCAUCUGACUCAGAGGUUAUAUUUGUGGAUACUUAA